GGGACGUACGGAAAAGUAUCGGGGCUCGGAAGGAGAAGAGGCAAAAAUCCCGAGACACGAAAAAGUGUAAACAAUGGAUGAUGACUUCACUAUUUCCCUCACACCCCCAUACCUCACUGAAAGCUUAGAGAUGGCUAUGGAAGUGGAAAAGGAGAACUCCAGCCCCCCUUGUUUUUCCUGUGCUUUAGACAGUCGAGAUGGAGGGAGAAACUUUUCUGUAGAGUCUCAUCUAGCAAGUGGGUCUCUUAAGAGGCUUUUGCUGAAACUGGAUCCUUCUCCAACUGACUAUGAAGCAGAUACAGUGGAAAUAUUUGGGUUUCAUUGGGUUACUGAAAUUGCGUUAGUUGAGUCCUGUAGACUUCUCUUUGGUUUACUUAGGCAACACAUACACAAAUUGGAAAGCCUAGUACAGAUGAGUUCAUCAGACUUUGGUCAGGCUGCAAACCUACACUCUGAAGCGGGCAACAUCAGACAUCAGUGUAUUGCAUUUCUGCAUUAUGUGAAGGUGUUCAUCUUCAGAUACCUGGAAUCACACAAAACAGAGGAUGACGGGCUACUUCAUCCAUAUGAAGAACUGGAAGUCCAGCUCCCUUCAGUGCUGGUUGAGGAGCUUCAUGCCUUGACCUUACAUAUUGGACAUCUGUAUGAACUCCCAAGUAGUAUCCUGGGAGCAUUUACCAUUCAACAUCAGGCAAAGCUGUUUCCUCCAUCGUGGCAUUUACUGCAUCUCCACUUGGAUAUCCAUUGGCUAGUGCUGGAAAUUCUUCAUGUCCUAGGCGAGAAGAUGCUGCGACAAAUUGUGUACGCUCACCAAUUCAUGAACCUAACCGGAGAAAAUUUAACCAAUAUCAGUUUAUUUGAAGCACACUGUGGAAACCUCUUCUGUGAUUUGAUAAGCUUGUCAAUCAACAAAUAUACGAAGGUUAGACCAUCGGAGGCUCUAACUAGUCACCACUACCCCUGUAGCUGCAUUAAGGAAUUAUGGGUUCUGCUUAUUCAUCUGUUGGACCACAGAAAUAAAGGGUCUCAUACAGAGUCUUUUUGGAGCUGGGUGAAUAAACUACUAAAGAAGGUCUUUGAAAGACCCAGUAUUGCAGAAGGGAUGUCUGUUUCUGAGCCAGUGCAGUGCAAAGAUCCAUUAAGUUUUAGCUGGUGGAUUAUUACUCAUCUGGCAUCACUUUACCAGUUUGACCGUAACGGAAAUGUAGAGGAAAAGAAACAAGUAGAAUCCAAUUGGAAUUUUGUGGAAGAACUGCUGAAAAGGUCCACUGAUGCUCAAGCUGCUGUAUUAGAGGAACAGAUACGAAUGCAUCUUCAGUGCUGUUUGACUCUGUGUAGCUUCUGGGACUUGAAUCUACCUACUGUCACCAUACUCUGGGAGUAUUACAGCAAGAAUCUGAAUAGUUCCUUCACCAUUCCGUGGCUUGGUCUGAAGGGUCUAGCAAGUGUUAGUAAAACUCCUUUGUCUAUGCUUGAAUUGGUGAAAAACUGCUGUUCUGACCAGCAGAGCCCUGACCUGUAUAAGUCCAGCAACAGUUACCUAAUUUUUCUCUGUAUUUUGGCACAAAUGAUGAAAGAAGCAAUGGAGAGCAAUGUAACCCAUCCUUGGAAACAAAUUAAAGGAAGAAUUUAUUCCAAGUUCCAUCAGAAAAGAAUGCGAGAGCUGACAGAGGUGGGGCUGCAGAACUUCUUUAAUCUUUUCCUUGUGUUAGCGGCUGUUGCAGAGACAGAGGACAUUGCAAGUCGGGUGUUGGAUCUCCUGGAUUUUCUUAGCCCAACCUCCACCAGCACGUCUCAGAGAACUCUCAUUUGGAGAGGCUACUUUGCCUUCCUUUUGAUGUAUAUUGAGAAGAACAUGGACAUCAGCGUUCUAGCUGAGAAACUUUCACAUGCUUUCUGUGAAAAGGCAAAGGAGUUUUUGGUAACCAAGAAUGAUCACACACACAAACAAAAUCUCUGGACACCACUCUCCACUUACGUUGAUGGUGUUCAAGAAGUGUUUGAGACCAGCUGCUACUUGAACCUUUCCCAGGAAAAGUUGUUGAACGAUGGAUUUAGUAUGCUGCUCCCGGCUUGUCGAGGAACUGAACUCAACAUGGUCCUAAACUUCCUGCAGGUUGUUCUGUCCAGGCUCAGGAGUGUGCACAAACGUAUGAUCCAGGGACCUCAGCUAGGGAAAACGGGCCCAAACACACAACUUCCAUUAGUGGCUAAAGAGCACCACCUUGCUGUUGCCAGUGCUCUCUGGAGAAAUUUUUUCCCCUUCUUGAAGAGCCAAAGGAUGUCACAGACACUGCCUCCUCCACAGCUUGCAGAUACAGCUGCAGGUUUUACUCUGUUAGCUUUGGACAUGCCCUGUACAGCUCCAUCAGAUCUCCAGCCACAGCCUGUUUUAGCAAUGAUGCAAUUGUUUGGAUGGGAUGAUAUGGUGUGUCCCCAGCUGGUAUCAAGAUAUCUCAGUCAUCUAAUACAAAACAGCACAUUGUCUGAAGCUUUUUCUGGUAUGGGACAUACAUCCUAUGAAGCCUUGUCAGUACGUUCUUGGUUUCGAUGCAUUUUACAAAUGUACAUUGAUCAGCCUACUGGUACAUUGACCAGGACAGAUGUUGAGCGAACAGUUGGGAAAGUUUAUGUGGAGCAGCUGACUGAAAUGACAAGGUUGGUUUUUAAACUCUCAGAAAUAGAAAACAUCUUCUCAAAGGCACAUUUUGAUGAAUCAAUCUUCAAGCAAGACCCUAAGAAUGCUCUUGUCCAAUUCAUUAAGGCUGUUGGUGUAACUUACAGCGGCCUUCAGACUGUAGCUGAGAAAUCUGCCAUGGUAACAAAGACUUUAGAAUAUCUAGGUGACGUGGUAAAAUAUGUAAAACCUUAUUUGCAGAAGAAAGGACCUGCUGAAGGCCUGCAGCUCACUUACUCGAUUAUAGGAGGCCUUGUAAAGUUCUGGGCACCAAUACUGGCAACUUCCAAAGCACAACAGCUUUUGUUCCGCAUCAUAGAUAGCUUGCUAUUGCCACUUGUCGUGUUUCAGCAAGACAAAGAGCUGCCUGCCGUUAUGCUGUCUGCCAUUCGGGAAAAUCUUCCUCUUUAUCUUCAGGGCUUGUCCUUUAUAUGUUGUCAAUCCCAAACUCAAGGUGCCUAUUUGAACCAACUGCUAGGAAGCGUUAUUCAGCAGUAUUUUGGGCGCUUUCUCCCUCCUUCACCAUCUUCUCCAGGAACUGGACAGCAUCCCAUGCUGCUGGCAUUAUGCAAUUCUAUUACCAUCCCACAGACCUUACAUCUGCGGAAGACCACUGUGCAUGUCAUAAAGGAAAACUACCUCCAGUUCAAAGGUAACUCCCCUCCUCCUCGCCUGGCCUCAGUUCUGGCUUUCAUCCUUCAAGUAUUUCAAAGAACCAAGAGCACUGAAGUAUGUGACAUUGAGUUGCUUCUCCCUGCUGUGUUGAAAUGCAUGGUAUUAGUUAAUGAAACACAAGUUAAAAAACUAUCUAGCGAGAUUCUGCAGUAUAUGGUAGAAGGCUGCCAAGCAGGGUUGGGAAGAGAACCUGCCACCCAACUGACUUCUGUGUUUAGGCAAUUUAUCCAGGACUAUACCACAGUAUAUGAUCAUCAGGUUUACAGCAUCCUGGAAGUAGUGGCAGUCUUGGAUCAGCCCCUAGUUAUCAGUCUGAUUCCAACAAUAUCACAGUCCCUGAAGGAUUCAGAGCACAAACAAGGGCUUGGCAGAAACACUGCACAAAGAGAAGCCUACAAAAGACUGUUAUCUCGCCUUACAGCAACUGGUCAAAAUGAGAUACUAAAACUGGAAAAUGAGACAAGUUAACGAUGUAUUGGUGAUUAAUUCUUUCCCCCUGAAAUGUUUGCACACUGUUACUGCCUGUACUGUUAUUGUAAUGCACUAUCAAAGUUGUUUAUCUUUACAGAUAGAAUCUAUUUAAUGCUUUUAAAAAGUUAAGCUGUUUUUCCAAUAGCAUUGGUAGCGUUUGACUAUUGCCAGAAAUAUGAAGAGUAAUUCAAAUAUUUUGUCUUUCAGUUGAUGACUGAAAGAUAUUGCAAAUUCAUUAAAUAUUAGAAACAUCCAUCUAAAAUUC